ACGACCCGCCUCGAUCCCGCGAGAUCAGGAGUUUCUGAUCGGGCGCGCUGUGGACAGCCGCUCUCCCGGAGCUUUACGGCAGCGUCCGGGGGCCUCUGGGGGCCUCGGAGCAAGAUGGCGGCGUUGGGGUCUGUGAAGCGCGGGCGGAGGCGAUCGCGGCGCCAGUGAGGGGCCCGGGGACGUGGGCGGCUCCGGGCUGGGGCCUCCCCACGGGACGGACCAUGCUACGCUCCACCGGCUUCUUCCGGGCCAUCGACUGCCCCUAUUGGUCUGGGGCGCCCGGGGGUCCUUGCCGGCGGCCCUACUGCCACUUCCGGCACCGCGGGGCCCGGGGCCCGGGCGCGCCCGGCGGCGGCGGAGCGGCGCCCCCCGCAGCAGGCCUUGGUUAUGACCCGUACAACCCUGAGCUGCCCAAGCUCCCGGCACAGAGGGAGAAUGGCGUCCUGGGCAGAGGGGACGAGCCCCACUCAGACAUCCUGGAGCUGGAGCUGGUCAACCAGGCCAUCGAGGCCGUGCGCUCUGAGGUGGAGAUAGAGCAGCGGCGGUACCAGGAGCUCCUGGAGACAGCCCGCGAGCACGUCUCUGCUGAGGUCCCCACCCUGGCACCCCAUGACCCUGCCACCAGCUUGGAUGAGGAUGCCUUCCCACUGUCCUUUGAUUACAGCCCUGGUGGCCAAAGCCUGUUAAGCCCCAAUGCUAGCUACCAGCCCACCCCACUGGCCGCUCCUGCUGAGCUGGGCAGCAAGUACUUGCUGGCUUCUCUGGACCCUGCUCAGGGCCGUGGCGGAGGGGGCAGUGGUGCUCUGGAGUACGUCCCCAAGGCCGUGAGCCAGCCCAGACGGUACAGCCGCCCAGUCUCCAGCAGCAAGUACGUGGUGGAUGACUCCAAGCCAUCCACUGACCUGGAGUAUGACCCACUGUCCAACUUCUCCGCUCGGCUACUCAACAGGGCCAGCUCCAAGGAUAACCGGGCCCCUAAACGGCCCCGGGGCUCCCGUGGCAACAGUGAGCCCUACACACCCGCACUCAAGAAGCCCUGUGACCCCUUCGGUGGCUGCGAUGCCAGAUUCUCUGACUCAGAUGAUGACACUACUGCAGCCACUGCCAGCCCCCUGAGGGCUCAGGCAGGAGCUGAGAGCAAGGGUCCUGGCAAGUCAGGCUCCAGGGAGGGCCAGGAGCCCGAGGAGGGCAGCCUUCGGGAGACCAAGGAGAUAGCUGUGCAGUAUGAUGUGGGGGACCUUGGGCAGCCUCCCAAGGACCCUAAUGGGGCAUGCCCGGCCAAGCCUGGCUCCCCCCCAACCAGGGCCUCGAAAGAAUGCAGCAGCCCCAAGAAGGGAAGAACCAAGAAGAGGAAAAGUGGGGUGCCACCGGCCCCUGGCCCCAGGGAUGGUGUCCGGAAAACAGACAGGAGUAAGGAUGGAGAGCACAGGAGGCCAGCUGUGAAGCCCGGUGUAGACAAGAGGGUCUCACAGGCCAGCACCCCCAAGCGCAGGGCAGAGAAGCCCCAAGGGACCAAGAAAAAGCCAUCUCUGGCCACCUCAGUGGUCAGCUCAGGGAAAGGCCGGACUGACCAGCUUCGGCUGCAGCCAAGCCCCAGCCCCACUGGCCGGGAUGCCUCCCAGCUGCCAGACAGGACGGGUGGGAAAACCCCAUCUGGGAAGCUGGCAGAGCGGAAGGCCCACUCGCUGGACGAGGGCACCUCCCAGGCCCCCAAGCUGCAGAGGCGGACCCUGAGCCAUGCAGACCUCUUUGGGGAUGAGAGUGAGGAUGAGGACCCAGGGCCCACGGCACCUGGACUCUGUCCUGCCCUCCCCGACCUCAGCUCCAGUUCGGACUCGGACUCGGACUCGGACUCUAGCCUGGGCCUCUCAGCCCCGCGGGGGCCGCACAAGCGCCUCAAGGCCUCCCCUCACCCAUCGCCUUGCCCAGCCUCUCUCCCAUCCUCCUCCACAUCCUCCUCCACUUCCUCCUCCUCCUCCUCGGGGGCAGGCACAGACGUGGAUUACUCUGCCCUGGAGGAGGUUGACUUUGACUCUGACCUGGAGGAGUGCCUGCGCAUUUUCAACGAAUCCACCUGCGUCAAGAUGGAGGACAGGGCCGGAAGGCCCGGCAGGCAGCCCCCCAAAGAAGAGAAGGUGGAGGACAAGGAACAACUGGGUCUGACCACUCUGUUCCCUGGGCAGAAGAGGAGGAUCUCUCAUCUCACCAAGCAAGGCAAGGAGGUAAGGCCCGUGAGGAGAGGCCUGGGCCCCCCCACCCGGUUCCCCACCGCCCAGGAAGUAUGUUACCGGCGAGCUCAGCAGGCUCAGAGGGAGUCAGCCAGCUGGCUCCAGGCUGCCCAGCAGCCGGCCGAGAAGCCGACCUCCAUCCACAUCUCAGUUCCCGGAGAGAAGAGGAGGAUUGCCCACGUCCCCAACCCCUGCCUGGCUGCAGGUACCAAGAGGACCCUCCCGGCCAGCAGCAGCCAGCCUCCCAAUGGCCUCGAGCCGGGCAGCCAGCUCCUAAAGACGCGCACGCUGUCAGGCAUGGCGUCCAAGACCACCAGCACCGUUACCCCCAAGCGUGUGGCGCACAGCCCAUCUUUACAGAGUUUAAAGAAGCCUAUUAUCCCAAAAGAGUUUGGGGGCAAAGUCCCCACCGUCAUCCGCCAACGAUACCUCAACCUGUUCAUUGAGGAGUGCCUCAAGUUCUGCCCCUCCAACCAGGAGGCCAUAGAGAAGGCGCUGAAUGAGGAGAAGGUGGCCUACGACCGAAGCCCCAGCAAGAACAUCUACCUGAAUGUGGCUGUGAACACGCUCAAGAAGCUGCGGGGCCUGGUCCCCAGCGCUGUGCCCGGUCUGAGCAAAACUAGUGGCCGGAGGGUCGUGUCCCAUGAGGCAGUGCUGGGGGGCAAGUUGGCUGCCAAGACCAGCUUCUCACUCAACCGCCCGAGCAGCCCCCGCGUGGAGGAUCUGAAAGGGGCCGCCCUGUACGACCGCCUCAAAGAGUACCUGCUCACCGAGGACCAGCUUAAGGAGAACGGCUACCCCUUCCCACACCCCAAGCGGCCGGGGGGCGCUGUCAUCUUCACUGCUGAGGAGAAGCUGCCCAAAGACUGUAGUUGUCUCUGGCCACUGUGCUGCUCUGAGGGCACAGGGAAGUCCAUCUGGGGAGGGGGAGCAGCAUGGUCGGGUGGGUGCAGACACAGAGAACAACACGUGCAGGACGGCCGCAAGGAAAACCUUGAGGGGUUCAUGAAGACCUUUGAUAAAGAGCUUCCAGAAGAUGCUCACCCUGGAAUCUACGCCCUUGACUGUGAAAUGUCCUACACCACAUACGGCCUGGAGCUGACGCGGGUCACAGUGGUGGACACCGACAUGCAGGUUGUUUACGACACCUUCGUCAAGCCGGACAAUGAGAUUGUGGACUACAACACAAGGUUUUCGGGAGUGACCGAGGCCGACCUUGCCGACACAAGUAUCUCGCUCCGGGACGUCCAGGCCGUCUUGCUGAGUAUGUUCAACGCUGAUACCAUCCUCAUCGGCCACAGCCUGGAGAGCGACCUGCUGGCCUUGAAGGUCAUCCACAGCACCGUGGUGGACACGUCUGUGCUCUUCCCACACCGCCUGGGCCUCCCCUACAAGCGCUCCCUUCGGAAUCUCAUGGCCGACUACCUCAGACAGAUCAUUCAGGACAAUGUGGAUGGGCACAGCUCCAGCGAGGACGCCAGCGCCUGCAUGCACCUGGUGAUCUGGAAGAUUCGAGAAGAUGCCAAGACCAAGCGGUGACUGCCGCCCGCCCCCCACCCUCCUGCUCCCGCCUCCCACUGCCCCGGCACAUCCUCUAGCCCCAGGCCUCUUCCAAAACAGUGCAAUAAAUCUCGAGAGCUAACCCUGUCCACAUCACCAAGAUACGAGAACGGAGAGCACAGGAGGAGCCACGUGGCACCCAGACCCAGCUGAGACCUGCCUAGACCCAGGCCCUGGGUAGCCCCUUGCGGCCUCCCUGUGUCUGCCCCAGAUUGCUGUUCUCUGGAGACUGCUGCUGCUGACAGUGGAGGCUGGACCACCCCUCCGGGCCCUGCUUGUGUCCCUAGCAGUGACCCUUGUAGGCUGACCACCUGUUCCUCCCCCCUCACCUGCCAGAGUGUCCAGUGGGCCAGGCAGUCUUGUCAUGGGUUUGUUUGGACAGGGGUUGUCUUUUUUUAUUUUGUAUGUUAUUUUUAUUAUUUUUAAUUUAAACCUGAUGACCUGCAAUGUUGUCUUCCCCCCACCUGGAGGAGCAAGACCCUGGUGCUGCCUUCCUUCCUGGGGGAUGGGGGUUGGGUGGGGGGAGCAAUCAGCUGGUGCUGCUACAGCCACCAGGACCCCAGGGUCCAGCCUGGCCUGGGCCUGGUUAGGUGGGAAUUGGUCCCCCUCAAUCCACCGGGACUCCUUGAGCUCCAGGAACUGAGCCAGUCCCCAGGGCCCUGGCAUCUGAACACUUCCCAUCCGAGUCCCGCCUCAUUGGGAGCUGUUUGUCAAGGCCCACAGCCCCCUCCCCAAUGCCCCAACCCCCGGGCAGGGACGGAAUAAAUGUUUGUAUGGAUUUUA